CGUCGGUAAGUUCAGUUCAGUUGUGUUCGAAACGCCGAAGCCGUCGUCUGCUUGCGCCGCCCCAGUCGCGCCACCACAACGAACGCACGCGGUCCACCCCCAACAUUUGGAUCAUCUUCGUCGGCGGCCGUCGCAGAGGACAGAACACGUCGACCGGAGGAUGCGAGGAGGCGCGCAAUGCGACCAGCAACAACAACGGCCCAAGUGAUCUUUGAACAAAUGUAUCAGCAAUAGACUCAGAUAAUAUACAAAGAAGUAAUAACAAUGUCUCUGGUGCAAACGUGACGAGCUUGACAUGCAGGCUGCCAGUUCACUGUGAAUGAAUGGACGAUGAUGAUGAUGCUGUGAUCUGAUCAUCUGGGAAGCGCGCAGCGGAAGAAAGUGUGCCGCGGUUAUUAGUUGUUGUUUUUUUGUUUCUUCUCAUCUCUCCGGUUUCGUUUCGUCCUUCGAGGAUCAGGAUGUUGGCGCGCAAAGGUCUACCAAUUCUUCUCCUGUUCUUCAUCGCCGCCGCCGCUGCUCAUUCAGCGGAACAACAAAACACUGCCAAAUACACAAUCGAAGAUCUCGUCUCCAUUACCUUUCCGAAGAAGACGUCCAACGACAUAGAUUUGGACCCGUGCAAAGCUGGUAACUUCUUGGGGGAUAUAGCCAUUCCAAAUGACUUCAAACAUGAUAUACUCGAGGGUUUGAUUAUCGAAGAGGAAGGACUAACGCCGUUCGUGAGAAAGAAGACGAAGCAAUCCUCGCCGUACGAGAAUACCAGAAAUCAGAAUGAUCAGCUCGACGGCGAGGACGUAGAAGUGCACAAGGAUAAAGUGCCAAAGCGCAGUUAUCCUCGCAUAGAGAGGCUGAACAAGGUGCAAAGCAACAGCCACGAAAUCAACGAAGAGAUCACUACCAAAAGACUUCGCCACCAAAGACACGUCCGGCGUAAGAAUAAUGACGGUCGUCGUCGCAGCAAACGAGUAAAUAGCUCGGUUUUUCAGGACGAAUUGCCUGUCCACGAGUUCGAACCGCGAUUUGAUUUCAAGCCCAAAACUUCUACAGUUUCCAGUUUCUACGGACAGAAAGAUGAAAUCCAUCAUCGUCGCAGGGUCACACGAGCCGCAACCGCGAGGAAGGAGCGCGUCUGGGAUUACGGUGUCAUCCCAUACGAAAUCGACGCCAACUUCAGCGGUCCUCACAAGGCACUCUUUAAGCAGGCCAUGCGACAUUGGGAGAGCUUCACCUGUGUGAAGUUCGUCGAACGUUCACCCCUCGACCAUCCCAACUAUAUACUCUUUACAGAGCGACCAUGCGGGUGUUGUUCUUUCGUCGGGAAACGUGGAAAUGGACCACAAGCCAUAAGCAUCGGCAAGAACUGCGAUAAGUUUGGAAUCGUUGUGCACGAGCUCGGACACGUGGUCGGCUUCUGGCACGAGCACACCAGACCCGAUAGGGACAGGCACGUCGUCAUCAAUAGGGAGAACAUAAUGAACGGGCAAGAUUACAAUUUUAAUAAGUUGAAUGACGACGAAGUGAAUUCACUUGGGUUGACAUAUGACUACGAUUCCAUAAUGCAUUACGCCAAGAACACCUUCUCGAAAGGUAGCUAUUUGGACACAAUCGAACCUGUGGACAUCCCUGGAAGGAAGAGGCCCGAAAUCGGUCAGAGGUUGCGUCUCAGCCAAGGGGACAUCGAGCAGACGAAUCUACUCUACAAAUGUCCAAAAUGUGGAAACACUUAUCAAGCGAACACGGCGGUCUUUCAAUCACCGAACUAUUUGAUGUCCAAGGGUCCGGAUGGCGGAGAGCGAUGCGAGUGGAGAAUAACUGCCACCCACGGGGAGAAAAUCGUGCUGAACAUAACCGAGUUGGAUAUACCAAAGUCAACGAAUUGCUCCGACGAUUACAUUGAAAUACGGGACGGAUAUUGGCACAAGUCCACGCUGUUGGGCAAGUUCUGCGGUUCGGGGAAGAUCCAGGGCUCGAUCAUAUCCACCGGCAGUCGCAUGUUGGUCACAUAUGUUACGAGGAAUCCCAGUGGCCAUCGCGGUUUCACCGCAAAUUACGAAGCCGUCUGCCGCGGAGAGUUGGAUCUAGAAUCCGGCGGUCAUCUUGAAUCGCCCAACUACCCCGAAGACUACCAGGUCAACAAGGAGUGCGUUUGGACGCUCACUGUGCCGGAGAACUACCAAGUCGCGCUCAAGUUCCAGUCUUUCGAGGUGGAGAAUCACGACAAUUGCGUUUAUGAUUACGUCGAGGUUCGUGAUGGCCUCAACAUGGAGAGUCCGCUGCUUGGCGUCUUCUGCGGCUAUAAACUGCCACCCGACAUCCGUUCCACUUCCAACCAUCUGCUAGUCAAGUUCGUCUCGGACAUGUCCGUCCAGAAGGGCGGAUUCUCGGCCACCUUCAUGAAAGAGUAUGAUGAGUGCAGCAUGACCGAUCACGGUUGCGCCCAGGAAUGCGUCAACACUUUGGGCUCGUACGAAUGUGCCUGCAGAAUUGGAUACGAAUUGCACUCUGACGGCAAAAAUUGUGAAGAUGCCUGCGGAGGACAAUUCAACGUUCAAAACGGAACGAUAAUGUCACCGUCGUUCCCAGAUUUUUAUCCCGUGAACAAGAAUUGCGUGUGGGAGAUAAUCGCUCCUCCGCAAUAUCGGAUAACUUUGAACUUCACCCACUUCGACCUCGAAGGUAACAACCUUCACCAGCAGCAGUGCGAUUACGACAGGGUCGAGGUGCACAGCAAAACCGGCGAUGAUAAGCUGAACAGACAUGGAGUGUUUUGCGGUAGCAAAAUCCCAGCGCCCGUCACCUCCGAUGGAAACAUCAUGAGGAUCUCCUUCAGCUCGGAUCCGAGUGUGCAGAAGUCCGGAUUUGCUGCCGUCUUUUUCACCGACAUGGAUGAAUGUGCGAUAAAUAACGGAGGCUGCCAGCACGAGUGCUUGAACACUCUGGGAUCGUACGUUUGCACGUGUCAUAACGGAUUCACACUGCACGAGAACAAGCGGGAUUGUAAAGAAGGCGGCUGCAAGCACGAGAUCGUCGAGUCCGUGGGACAGAUCACAAGUCCCAACUACCCAGAAUACUAUCCGAGCAGGAAGGAUUGCGUGUGGAAGUUCACCACAACCCCCGGUCAUCGGAUUAAGAUUGUCUUCGAUAAGUUUGAAAUGGAAUCCCACCAAGAGUGUUCAUACGAUCAUAUCGUCUUUUACGAUGGAGAUUCGCCGGAUGAUCAUACAUUGGGUCGCUUCUGCGGGUCCAAAGUGCCCCAUCCCAUAGUCGCGACUGGGAACCAAAUGUACAUGGUCUUCAAGUCUGAUGCGAGUGUUCAGAGGAAAGGUUUCCUAGCUACCCAUUCGACUGCCUGCGGUGGCCACCUUUUGGCCACCCCGGAAAGACACCAUUUUUAUUCUCACGCAAAGUAUGGAAGUUCACUUUACGAGAGCAAAGCUGAUUGCGAUUGGACAAUAGAAGCACCACAAGGCCAGAAUGUUCAUCUCAUGUUUGUUACAUUUGAUCUAGAGGACGAAAAAGACUGCGGAUACGAUUACGUCGAGGUAUUCAGUGGUCUCGACUCCAGCGGUGCUUCCUAUGGAAGAGUAUGCGGCAGUAAUAAACCAUCUGAUAUCAUCUCGACACAUGAGGCUUUGUUGAUAAGAUUCAAAACGGACGACUCUAUUCACAGUAAAGGAUUCGCAUUAGCGUACGAAGCCGUGGAACCCUACAGCGAAGAAGAGGAUAUUUAGAGAAUGCUGCAGCCUUGGUACAUCUCCAGUAACCUUGCAGCUCCGCACCUCAGAGGGAGCAAGCAUUGCAAAAGUUCCUGAGAUCUUCGGUCGUUAGUUCAGCCAACCCCCCCACGUUGAAGAACAAUACACAUUCCCUUAGUCCGUCACCAGAUACAUGAAAAUGUUCCAUUUUCUACUGAUCCCCUUCCCAAUAUGUAUAUACAUUUUUUUAAUUAUUAUUAACUAGUACAUAAUAUUUAUUAAGUACUUAUAUCGUUACAUAAAUGAGGUUUAAGCAUUGUAGGAAUAUUGCAGGAAUAGAUUGUAAGAGAAAUGAAGAAAAAAAGAAGAAUUAAUGUGAAACACUAACUAAUAUUUACAUGGAUGUCGUAGAUGAUGUGUCAAGGAUCGUUCGUCGUGUACAUGUGCCAUUUGUUGUUCUUUCUAUCUCUCCAUAUUUUGUUUCUUUUUUAUUCUGUGUGUGAUUUUAUAAUAUUUACAAACAAUUCUGAAAAGGAGAAAAAUAUGUGUAAACCAGAUGUUUUCGAUUUCAGACUUUACUACUAUUAAUUACUAUACCUAUGUAUUAUCGCAUAUUAGAAGAUAAUUGAUUUCGUAACGAAACUAUGAAAGAGAACAAAAAAAUAUUACGAAACGAAUAAAAAUAAUAAUACUAUGUAUAC